AUGAGCGACGAAAUAAUUCAUAACAAUGCACUUCUCAAACUUCUAACUAACGAGUCAUGGCCAGCGACGACCUUCUUUUCGUCAACUCAUCGUCCCCUCGAGCCACCGGAUUUUCCAGAAACGUUUCUGUGUCAUCUUGAAGACGGACAGAUGGCCAGGCAUCGAGGGACGUUUCCGGAUCCGCUGCACCGUUGCCAUAAAAGGGAGCUACUUCGCCUUCAGCCGCUGGGGCACGACACUCUUUUCGGCCCAUACUCACGCUGCUCCAUGUACCAGGUUAGUUAUUUAAAUCAUUCAAAAUGUUGCCGAACGAGCAAUGUAAUGCUUCUCAGAGUGUCGUGCCCAAUCGACAAACGUGUGCUUUGUAGAUACAUGCAUUUUGCUGGCUCUUGGGUGAUUGCUACAUUGAUGUCUUUGUGCUGUGAACUAUCGUUUUUUGAGACCUUGUUGCUUUUGUCGGGAGACGUGGAGCUAAGCCCCGGUCCAAUGACUAAGGCACAGAUUGAACAGCUUGGGAAAAUUGAGACCAUUUUGUUGGAAUUGCAAUCUGGUCAAAUGACUGUUUUGGGAAAGUUAGCUGGUAUUGAGGCAAAACAAGCUGAUCUUGAGAGGAAGUUUGAUACCAUAAGCUUGAAAACUAAUGAUAUUGAAAAACGUGUUUUGCAGAUUGAAGGAAGUGGCAGGAAAUUAGAAGCAAAAUUAGAUGAUCUUGAAAACAGAAGCAGGAGGACAAAUUUGGUAUUUUUCGGAGUUCCCGACAACUCUCGCAGUGAAACGUGGGAAGAAUCGGAAAGGCUGAUCACAAAAAUCUUCAAAAACGUGUUAUCGCUCGAUGUUUUAAUUGAAAGAGCCCACCGAUUGGGGAAACACAAAGAUGGGAAAAACAGACCAAUUGUAGUCAACUUCCCGGGUUGGAAGGUCAAAGAGUCUGUGUGGCGAAGUGCUUUUAAAUUCAAGAAUACUUCAUUCAGUGUCUCCGAGGAUUUUAGUCUUGCAGUCCAAGAAAAGAGGCGUCAACUUUGGAAUUAUGCGAAGGAGAAAAGGCAGAACAAAGAGAACAAGGUUCAUUUCAACCACGAUAAACUGGUUAUCAAUGGACAGACGUUUAUCUGGGACAGCAAAACGAGACAACCUGUUUUAUAUCGGGCGCCUGGCCAACCAAGAGAACACGAAUGA